UAAAAAGAGGUAACUGUUACUUCCGUUUGAUCUGGACGGUCAAGCCAACUCCCAAAUCGGCUAAUCUGUAAAAUUACUCGAGUAGAGAAAAACACACAGAAGGAGAGAAGACAGAUAUCGUAAAAGCAACAGCGCCAUGGGAGACACCGUCGACGAGGAUUUGCUUCUCAAGAGCUUCUUCGCCGAAGUCAGCGAAGUUGAAAGAGAUAAUGAAGUCGUCAGGAUUCUAUCGUGCUUCAAGCUGAAUCCGUUUGAGUACUUAAAUCUACCAUUUGAUGCAUCUCCAGAUAAUAUAAAAAAGCAGUAUCGUAAGUUAUCUUUGUUGGUUCAUCCUGACAAAUGCAAGCAUCCACAAGCAAAGGAAGCUUUUGCAGCACUGGCAAAAGCACAGCAACUACUGGGUGAUGAACAAGAAAGGGAUUAUAUUCUUACUCAAGUUAAUGCAGCAAGAGAAGAACUUAGGGCAAAGAGAAAGAGGCAGUUGAAGAAAGAUGCAGCCUCUAAAAUAAAGUCCUUAGUUGAUGAGGGAAAAUAUGAGCAACAGUAUGAAGAGUCGGAGGUGUUUAGGCAGGAGCUGAAAUUGAAGGUUCGAGAAAUAUUAACAGAACAAGAAUGGAGGAGGAGGAAAAUGCAGAUGAGGAUAUCAGAAGAGGAAGGUAGAUUGAAAAAGGAUGAAGAGGAACAAAAAGAAAUGUGGAAGAGAAAGCGUGAGCAUGAGGAGCAGUGGGAAGGAACUAGAGAACAAAGGGUUUCAAGCUGGAGAGACUUCAUGAAGACAGGAAAGAAGGGAAAGAAAGGAGAAAUUAGACCCCCAAAGCUCAAGACAGAGGAUCCCAACAAAUCAUAUGUUCAAAGGCCUGUAAAGCGAGGUUAACUGACCAGGUGAGUUUUCAAGGCUUUAGAUGUAGAGUGAAUUGUAUGGAUUCAUAGCCAUGUCUGUGAAAGGACUCAUUACUUCUCAGAAAGAAGCCUUUGAGCUUGUCUUCUGCCCCAAUAAAUGAAGCUAAAGUGGGGUUUGGGAUUUGUUCCUUAAUAGGUUAGAAGAAAUGAAGGAGAAUGUAUAAUGCGUAUAUCUAUCUAUGGGCUAUAGGAGUAAGCACCUUUAUCAUUAUAGUAUUGGAUAACUAAUUAUUGUGCCCACAAGAAGAUGACAACCCAUUUAAUAUGUAGUUUACUAUUGGCAAAUUAGGUGGUGUAAUUACAAACUUUUCAGCAUUCAACUAAACAAAAGCAAUACAUGGCAAAAUAACUCACAAUA